UGGUGUUGGCACCUUGGGUCGAGGCUAGGAGACCUCGCGCCACCGACCAUGUAACACUGCUUUUCAACGAAACGACUGUAACGAAUACGUCGAGUUGUGUCGACGACUGUGUAUGAAGAACAGAACGCGCUGUCUUUCCAAAUAACGCUUGUAAUAUUUAUGUUCGGUGUUUUACCGUGUAGAUAAUAUAAAAACUAUGUUAGUGUUAGUGUAAACCAAAGAUAUUUUGCUUCAUUUUGUACUUUCGAUGAGAACUAACAACAGUAUAGUUCAACACCGAGUGUUUCCUUUUGAUGGCGCUAUGGCCGCUAAAACAGGGAAAUAAUAAUCCGCCUUAACCUCAUUCGUACAUUUGUAAACAGUAUAGACCAGCAAGUACAUUUUGCUAAUCUAGAGUCCGUGUCAACCAAUAAACAAAACAAAUGACUAACCCAACUUAAGAAGUUGAUGCGAGCCAUGGAAAACAGUGGUCGUUUGACAGCCGUAAAAGUUUUAUUUUUUUGUCAUUAAUUAGCAACAAAUUUUCGCGAUGAAUGUGAAACAGGAGAGGCACGAUGAAGCGGAGAUCCAAGAGUUGGCGGCUAAGUUUGUGGAGGCAAACAAGGCGAAGAUGGCUUUGCCCCAAAGACCACUUCAGCAGGCUGGCCAGAGUAUGAACAUUUUAAGUUUCUUAACCACCGAUAAAAAUAAAGCAAAAACUAAUAGUGUACCUGUACAAUCUACAAGUGAUAGUGAAACUAGAAACAUAGAUGAAGAAUCGAUCAAGGGAAGGUUUGGUUGGACCCUUAUGGGAAAGAUGCACAUCCCAUACAUUCUUCGUUCUGGAGAGAGCUACUGUGCUGUUCGUAUGGUUGAAAUGAAGGUGCUGAACAAGCUGCUGAACUAUUUACACCAAGAUCUUUAUAACUGCACGAAUAUAAGGAGCUAUUAUAUCACUGAAGCGGAAGCAAGACUGUUAAAUGAAAUUAAUUUUAAACAUUGUGACUAUCAAUUUGGUAGGGAACAAUUUACUUCAAGGGACCUAAUAGUUAGGUUGACUGAUGCUAAUGAGUUUUAUCAGUUCCUUGGACACUGUUAUGCAAAACUCGUUAAUACAACGGAUGCAGACAACCUAGAUAGGUGUGGAUUCAUCAGAAUAAACAGAGAGUCAGUAGUUCCAUAUACUGUCUAUAAUGAACAGAAAUAUGUGCCGUUGUUUUAUUUUGAAGGAGAAACUGAUAACUUAAAACAGCGAGCUGACAAGCUAGAAGGAUGGGAUUUGUCGUAUUUAAAAUUCUGCUGCAAAGUACAGGGCAUUCGGAACGAAUUGUUUGCACAUGAUUCCUGUUCCGUGAUUAGCUUAAACGAUAUAAAGAAUUACUUUCCUCCGGGAACUUUAUUUGAAGACUACUGGCCGAAGAAGAACCUUGAUUCUCAGCUUCUGAUUAAUAAUCGAAAUCCUAAUCAACAACAAAUUGUACAGUGGACCCGACAGCCUACAGCUCCCCCAAUAACAGCACAUCCACCACCUUCACCCAAGCCAGCUACACAGGCCAAGGCAGCAAAUAAUAGUCACAUGCAUAAUGUUCACGUUUACUCCAAUUACGGCAUUGCUGGUGGGCAACCUCCUUACCACGCAGCACAACCAAGAACUGCAAGCAGCGCUGUGAGGGCUACAUAUCCUUCAGCUGCUUCACGUCAUAUGAGACCAUAUUUCUCCAACAUUGGGCAGGCACCACCCCCAUUAGUCCGAGCUAACUCCUCCACUUUUCGUUCCUAUCCUGCGUAUGGAAAGGAUGAUCACUGGCUGGCUCAGUACAACGCUCAGACCAAGUCAGCAGGUAAUUACAUGAUCAUCGAACCAAAUAUGAAUCAGAACAACUACCAUCAGGCAUCACAGUCGAGUUAUCCACCGCCCCUUCUUCACAUGAACGGAGGGAUAUCAAGAUACGAGGGACCUCAGACUACAAGGUAUGGAGCAGAUAACAUUGACCUGGCUGCCCAGACCAGAGAGUUGCAAAACAACUACGGCGUGAACAGCACAUCGGCGCAGCUGGUGAACCAGCAGCCGGCACACCAGUCGACCAGAACUCAGUCCGCUAGCGUAUCCGAAGAACGUAGUAGUAUGACUAACGGUCGGUCGGUGUUAAAUAACGUAAAUCGAAAUAAGUUAAGCACACUUCCCGAUGCUCCACCGACUAGUGGUAAUAACAUUCCAUAUAAAAUACAAAAAGCGCUAGUCGAGGGCAAGAUGAUACCAUGCAUCAACAUGAAGCCCAACGUUUGGACGGAGAUGCUCGUUUCUCUGCCCGAUUUAGUGACGAAUUUCUUCAACAACGUUCCGGUGCAAUCUUGUCAGCAGGUCAUGCAGGUCUUGGGAAUCGAAGUUUUCAAAGCUAACCCUUCUCAAGUAAGGCUAUUGCUGGAGAAUGGCAGGUGUCAAAAUGCCAAUGAAACAAUUCCUUUAGUGCAAGUGAGAAACGUGAUUGACUACAUGCCUCAAUUGAAGUAUAUGUUGAGUGGUAUGACUGGUAUGUUAACUUCUGAUGUUGCGGCGAAAAGACAGCGAAAUAGCUAGGAGUGGGUUCAUUGGGGGGGCACCUAUGACUAUAAUAUUGACUUUUACAACUACUAAGUGAAGUGCAACGGUCCUCAUAGAAAAAAAAAACUUAAACGUGUUGUUUUAUAAAAGUUGUUCCUACUGUGUAAAAAUGA